CUUCAGACGGUCAGCGUCCCUACCUACGAGGGAGCGGACUGCCUGACGACCUUCCCGCAGAGUGGCUCCACCUACCUGACCGACCCGACCAACCAACUGUGCGCGGGGAGCACGUCCGGUGGCGUGGACGCCUGUGGGGUGAGUCGACCUGAUCGUUUCGAAGGAUUGAUGUAAUGGAGGCUGCGGUCAAAGGCAUGGGUGGGGGGGGGUGAUUUGUUUAGAUUUUAGAAUGAAAUAAGUGGAUGCGUUAAUAACAAAACGGGAGAAAUGAAAGGGGGGAUGACUCGGUUGAAAGCCUCUCUCCAGGGGCGGCAUUUCGGAGGUUUUUUUUCAAGGGGGGGGGGCGCAAAAUCACAACUUGGUCGGCUUGUUAUAUAGUUUCUUACUGGAGGCGCCACAGUGCAUAGCAAUUUAAAUAAAUCCUGCAAAUUCAGGGAGGGGGGUGGCGCAAAUGUCCAACCAGGGAGAGGGGGGGUGGCGCAAAUGUCCAACCAGGGAGAGGGGGGUGGCGCAAAUGUCCAACCCUGCCCUACCCGAAUGAUGGCCCCGCCUCUCUCUCCGUAACAAUGCAAUUCAAAAAAAAAAAGACGAAGAAGAAGUAGAUCUAGCAGGGCGAACAAUUGGCCCACAGCUCAACGUGGUUAGACAGCUGGCCCACGGCUCAACGUGGUUAGACAGCUGGCCCACAGCUCAACGUGGUUAGACAGCUGGCCCACGGCUCAACGUGGUUAGACAGCUGGCCCACAGCUCAACGUGGUUAGACAGCUGGCCCACAGCUCAACGUGGUUAGACAGCUGGCCCACGGCUCAACGUGGUUAGACAGCUGGCCCACGGCUCAACGUGGUUAGACAGCUGGCCCACGGCUCAACGUGGUUAGACAGCUGGCCCACGGCUCAACGUGGUUAGACAGCUGGCCAUCGCUGACAUUCAACAAUUAGAGGGAGAUCAUUUGGAUCAUAGUUCGGUAUGGGGGAAAGUGUUGACGCUUGUCAUUUCAAUGGCCAUUUUUAGCAGUUAGUCUACGUUUAGUUGUUGUUUUGUUUGAGUUUUUGUUGUUGUUGUUGUUAUUUAUUUUGUAAUGAGUCUAAGCUUAGGUGCUAAUAAUCGUUGUAUGAAUGGACACCAUUGAUUGGUCUUUGAUGAGGAGAAGAAGGGGAUUGCCUGUGAUUUAAAUCGAAAUGUAUCUUAGUUAUGAAUGUAGUUUUGAUACACGUGCUUUAAUAGCUUAAGAUUAGAUUAUCUUUUAUUUAUAUUUUUGCAUGGUAUAAAAAAAAACUGCAACAGUUUAAGCCCUAGUUAUUAUCAUUAUAAUUAUUGUUACUAUUACUAUUGUUAUUAUUAUUAUUAUAUUUUUUUUAUUGCGGUACGAUCAUCCUUGUCAAUUUCCCCAGGGCGACGCGGGCGGACCACUCUUUUGCCUAGAGGGCGCUACGAAUACCUGGGUGGCGGUUGGAGUUAUCUCCUACGGUGAGGGCUGCGCCAGGCCCGAGUACCCGGGGGUCUACGUUAAAAUCAAUGCUUACUACGACUGGAUUCAAGAACAACUGUAA